UCAAACAUUAGUGGCUUAUACAAAGAAGUGGUUGCGAAGAGUGUCACGUGGGGCCACACCGUUGAUCGAUUUGAUAUCCGAAGGGAAAGAAUAGAAAACAUUGGCUGAGACUUCUUCGGCCAUUGCGUGCCAGUGAUGGACCACACAGUACUACAUGAAUCGGAUAGCACUUCCGAAAUUGAUGAACAGACUAAAACCUGGGAAUCAGAGCCUCCUUCUCUAACUCCCGCCGACGACGUCGCAAAUGGAUCCAAUGUGAUGAUUGAAUGUGGCAUCGGCCACCGUGUUCAGGCUAGCCGGUCAGUCCUUGCAUUAGUUCUAGAUGAUGAGUGUGUUUUCGCUGGUCUGCAGGGCGGAGACAUUGUAGCAUGGUCGCUUCAAACAUAUGAACUCGUGCUCUCAGUGCACGCUCACCAAGAAAGCGUCCUGGAUCUUUAUCUGUCUGAAGACAAGGAAUUGCUCUUCUCUAGUGGUGGAGAUUCAGUCGUUAAUGUUUGGUCGACUAGGACAUUUGAUCGCUUGUACUCGAUUCACUCCCACCAUGAUGUAGGCGAUAUUUUUGCGGUUGCCUACUCACCGAGUUUGAAAACGAUCUACUGUGGUGGCCAGAACACCAGUAUCCAGUGGUGUGAUAUCUCACAAGCUGAUGAGACUGCCACGAAAUUGUCGGCAGCCCAUCUGUCUAGAAGGACUCAUAGAUUUUUUGAUUCUCGAGGCCCUGACGGUAGUCGUGCUCCGAGGCCGGAUGCGGGACCGGACGGGACGCAUUGCGUCACACAGGGUGGCCAAGUUCUCACCUUCAAGCGGGAUCAUCACAGGAUAUUUUCUCACCAUGGCUAUGUGUACACUAUGCUGCUUGUUCGAGGGUUGGUUGAGUCGGCACCCUCCGAGGAAGUACUCAUAACCGGUGCUGGUGACGGCGUCGUCAAACUUUGGCGUCUGGACCAAGAUAAAUCGAAUGCAGUACCAUCCGCCAUAGCAAAGCUGCAAAAUGGCGACUCAGUACUUUCUAUCGCAGUGGACGGGUCGUUUCUCUACUGUGGUCUCGCAGGCGGUGCGUUGAACAUCUGGAAUCUUGAUUCUCAUCAGCUCGUGAAGCGGAUCACUAGGCAUACCGGCGAUCUGUGGGCGGUGGAUAUCGUCCAUGGGGUGGCCGUGUGUGGAGACUCAAAUGGAAUCGUAAAGAAAUUCAACUCGCGAUUUGAGGAGGUUGGUAGCUGGACCGCUCAUAAAGGAACGAUGCUCGCCUCGGCUGCUGGACGAUUUAAGGAUCGAUUGAUUUAUGCUUCGGGAGGAAAUGACAACACCGUCGGUAUCUGGGAUCUGACGGAUGUCUCUCUGAAGCAGGGCGAACUACCCCUUAUCAACAACGAUGAAAUGGUCAACUGCCUUGCAAAGUUCGUCGCAUUCAAGACGAUAUCAGCGAGCCCCAAAUUCGCAGGCGAAUGCAACCAGGGUGCGGCGUUUCUGCGACGACAUUGCGUAUACUUGGGAGCCAAAACAAAGCUUCUCACCACCGGGAAAGACACGAACCCAAUUGUCUAUGCUCGUUUCAACGCUACCUCCUCGGAAAAGAUCGACAAGACCAUUCUGUUCUACGGUCACUACGAUGUCGUUGGGGCUGAUGCCAACCGCAACAAGUGGAAAACGGAUCCGUACCAGCUGACUUCGAUGGAUGGCUUUCUCUACGGUCGUGGUGUAUCAGACAACAAAGGCCCUAUCUUGGCUGCUUUAUACGCCGCUGCAGACCUUGCACGUCAAAAAGCGCUCCGGUGCAAUGUUGCAUUCCUCAUUGAGGGCGAGGAAGAAUCGGGCUCCCAGGGCUUCCAUGAAACUGUUCGACGACAUAAAGAGCAGAUCGGACCAGUGGAUUACAUCCUGUUGGCCAACAGCUACUGGCUAGACGACUACAAUCCCUGCUUGACCUAUGGGCAACGCGGAGUCGUUCACGCGAACCUGAUUGUGACCAGCGACCACCCUGACCUACAUAGCGGUAUUGAUGGGAGCGCCUUACUGGAUGAACCGUUGAAAGACCUUACCUUGCUACUUGGUACUUUAGUGGGACCCAAGGGCCGCAUUAAUCUCCCCGACUUUCGGGAUCGGGUUUUGCCUCUCCCCGAAGCCGAGAAACAGCGGUAUGCGGAUAUUGCACAGAUACUGUUGCAGCAACACCCCGAGAUUGCCGACCGCGACGCCCUGAUUGACUCCCUUAUGCACCGGUGGAGGGAGCCAUCCCUCACCAUUCAUUCCAUCGAAGUACCGGGUAACAGUAAGAGCACGACGACGACCAUCUCGCGCCGCGCAAAGGCCAGUGUGUCCAUUCGACUGGUGCCAAACCAGGAAGCGGACGAUGUGGCAGCAAGCUUGACCAUGUAUUCACAGGAGCAGUUUGAUCGCCUGGAAUCACAAAAUGAUCUGACAGUCGAGAUUACGGGCAAGUCUGAUCCUUGGCUAGGUGACCCGGACAACGAGAUGUUCGAGACACUUGCAGAGGCCAUCACGGCGGCAUGGACGCCGGAUCAGCAAGACCAAAAACACCAGUAUCCUCCGGUUCAACGAAACUUACAAGAUCGAACGGUCAGCAAAUUGGCCAAGGAACCAGGCCCUCGACUCUCUCGGAAAGACUCUUCUGACAGUCUGGCUUCCCAUAUUGAUCGUAUCAUCAUGUCGUCGACCACAUCUUCGGCAAGGAAGGCCGAGACGCGCCAACGAAGCUCUCUCAGCAUGGGGGUACCCACUUCCUCGACGUUGACGAGCAAGUCCAGCCCCGCCGUGGUGUCCGGUGAUUUAACCAGAGAGACAUCUCCCGCGCCUCAGGGAGAGACACCUCCGCCGGCUGAACCAGUCUCCGGACCGUCCAGUGUCCGCCCCAUCUAUAUCCGCGAGGGAGGAUCUAUCCCAACGAUCCGUUUUCUCGAGAAGGAAUUCUCCGCUCCGGCGGCCAACCUUCCCUGUGGACAGGCAAGUGAUAACGCGCAUUUGUACAAUGAAAGAUUGCGCGUGGAGAACUUGUACAAGAGUAGAGAGAUCUUCAGUUAUGUGUUUUCGCGCUUGCCGGAGAGAGAGCGGAAGUGAUGCACGGUGAGGCGUUGGGCGUGGGCUUUAUGCAGAGGUAGCAUAUGAUACGUAUUGGAAAUUGGCAGCAAAUAAAAUAGUAUUUAAU